UAGCACCCACUUUGGUUCGUUUGAUCUUCUCGUGAUUUAUUAUUUACCUAUGUACAGCUGCGGUUGAAAUGGCCUCUCUCGCUUAAAUGGUAGUUUGUCCUUUUCUUGGGGUGGUUGCUUUGGAAAUAUUCUUUUAGAAGCAGGGGCAAAGAAAUGGAGUGGCAUCUGAUGCUUCUUCAACACUUUGCAGCCAUAUCGAGAAUAUAUACCUAGAGAGAGAGAGAGAGAGAGAGAGAGAGAGAGCAGUGGAGAAGAAGGAGAAGAAGGAGAAGAAGAAAAGGGUCAGAUCAGAUCCAGUUGUUGGGAGCAAGUAUGGCUUCAAAGCUGAUCUUGAUCGCGGUCUUCGUCUUUGAUGUCAUUGCCUUUGGACUUGCCGUUGCGGCUGAGCAGAGAAGAAGCACUGCCACAAUUGUCACGGACAAUGAAAAAGACUACAAUUACUGCCGGUAUGACUCAGACAUCUCCACCGGCUAUGGCGUCGGAGCAUUUCUGUUCCUAAUGGUUAGCCAAGGCAUCAUAAUGGCAGCAAGCCGCUGCUUCUGCUGCGGAAAGCCCUUGAGUCCCGGAGGCUCGCGCGCCUGGGCAGUCAUUCUUUUCAUUACCUGCUGGGUGUUCUUCAUCAUCGCGGAGGUGUGCUUGUUGGCGGGAUCGGUAACGAAUGCGUACCACACCAAGUACAGGACCGCCUUUGGCGGGAACCCUCUCUCGUGCGAAACAGUGAGGAAGGGGGUGUUCGGCGCCGGGGCAGCAUUCGUCUUCUUCACGGCCAUCGUCUCGGAGUUCUACUACGCUUGCUACUCCAGGGCCAGGGAAAGCUUCCGACCUUAUGACAGAGAAACAGGUGUGGGCUUGGGCGCCUACAAAUGAGAGCUCUCCUUUGCUUUGGGUUUAUCAUAUUCAUGACCAUGGAUAUUCCAUGGGUAUUGUCUAAGUUUUGAGGUCGCUCUCAUCUAGUAAUAGGUUUAAGGUAGUUGAUCACCCUGUAAUGUCUGAACGAACUCGUCUCACGAUAUUGCAUUUGUUUAUUUUGGUGGGUUCUGUCGUGUAAACACUAAUAAGACGAUGAUAUUGUUUGUGUCCAUUAGAAAUACAAAAUACUGUCGACGAAGCGGAUUGAUCACUCAAUCAUUCCGAGUUUCAGUGACAAAUCCCCAUGUUUGGAAUUUGAGUCGUUUGUACCAGCUUUGCAGUUGCAGCUGAUAUAAUGAAUUUUAAACCAUAGCCGUGCUUGGGAAUAUCA